GCUUUCUCCCUCCGGUAGUUUUGGAAACGGCUUCGCGAAGUGAAAGCCUUCCUGCUCAUGCGCAGUAACCAAAUGUAAAUCCAGAGCCUUAUGACAGUUGCGCAUGCGCUUUCGUAAGGAGGAACUCCCGAGUCGUCUUGCUGCGGUCCUCCUCGGGAGGCUUUGAGUGAAAUGAGCAGCGGGGCUGCCGGGACCUUAAGCAUCAAUAAAACUGCGGAGUCUCCGGUUUCUGGAAGCGGUAAUAAAAGGAGGGAUUCACUGGGGUCCGCGUCCUCAUGUCCUAUUUUUAAAGAUGUUGGCGAAAUAUAUUCCCGACUUCUGGACCACAGACCAGUUAUUCAAGGAGAAAUUCGUUAUUUCAUCAAAGAAUUUGAAGAAAAAAGGGGUCUCCGAGAAUUGCGGGUUCUUGAAAACUUAAACAACACAAUAUUUGAGGCAAAUGACAAGAUUUUGCCAAAAUGCGAAGAAGUAAUGCAUGGAAAUCUAAAUGAAAUAUUAAAGAGAUUACAGGUAGCCAACCAGAUGUUCCAUACAUUGCAGCAAACAGAACAGGAAGAAAGUCAGCUUCAGACUGAGAAACUAAGAGCUGAUGAAGCCAAACGUAUAGCUGACUGGGAGGAAUUCAUGAAGGAGCAGCACCGCCUGAAAACAGUGGUCAACGAAGAGCAUACAAAAGCUAUGGAGCAUCUUAAAGAACAAUAUGCAGCUUUGGAGAAGGGCCUUCCAAAACAGGCCCUUUAAGAAACUCUCUUCUGGCAUUUUCCGGCAGUUUUCAAGUUUCAGGAUUUUCAGCACAGUAUUGGAAUUUAGAUAAAAAUAACGGGGACCGAAACCAAAAGUGCUAAGUUGCAAUUGAAAUUGGUUCCUUGCACUGAGUGAUUGUUUCAAGCACACACACCAUUUGGUAGCAGCAAUAACAGUAUUGUACUUCAACAAACCAAGUUAAGUGCACGGUUAAAGUCUAUUUACGAAAUGAAUAAUUAGGUAUGUUUUGUUUGAGUUGUUUCAAUGAGCUCUCCUGUUACUUUCCCUGAAGAAUUCGCUUCGGUUGGAGGUAGGGAGGGGUUGUAAUUAUGUGCAAACAUACAGCAAUGGCCUGACGUGUAGAGUAAUAACUGUAAAAGGCCACAUAACUUGGGAGUAUAAUAGUCUGAAGUCUAUGAAUGAAUUCUUUAUGUUACUAAGGUUAUCAGGAUAAGUUUUAAAACCCUAAGAAAGAAGUUCAUUAUUGCACUGAAUUUGUUCUGACUAGAGAAAAUGGGAGGAUAUUAGGUUGGCUGUCUUUGAGGUAUGUAUUUAUCCUAUUAGUAUUCCUGUGUGUCAUACAAAAAAAUACACUCAUAUGUUUAAUGGCCUGAAAAUCUCUGGAAUAGGGUUGUGUAGAUUCAAAGGUAAAAUGCAAUUUGUAGUAUGCAGUGAUGUGCCUAUAAUAUCUUCAGGAUCAUCUCAUACUUUCCCAAGAUCAUGCUGCAGCUCCAAAUGACAUUCACAUGAGUCUAAGAAAAAUCACUGCUUUUUUAAAAUGUUCUUUUAACAUUUGGCUCCACACGCACUUUGAAGGCUGUGUUGGCUUUGAAUCCUCUGUAGCUUUUCACUGACAAUAUUUAACAUUAUAGGGCCCUAUAUAGAGAGAGAUAUAUUAUAUAGAGCCCAUUUGUGAACACUGCAAAUGAGCAGUGUUCUUGCAGAUCAAAUUGUGUUUUACAAGUAAAUAGUAUUCUGGAGCAUAAUUAAUUUGUGGGUGAACGCCAUGAUUUAAUAUGUAUUAAGUAUUUGUAUACUGUGGGCAAAGUUCAUGAUUUAGUUCUUUGUCACUUUGUCUGUAAAAAGCAUUAAUAACAAGAUGAAAGUUGAAGUUAGGCAAAAGGCAGGAAAAUUGAGUGUUAUUUUAAUGGACAGUGUAUAAAAUAGAGAAAUGUAAAACAAAAUUACCUAUUAUCUGUGUUGCAAUUGCAAUAAGCCAACAAUAGGUUACUUGUGUGAAUGUAUGGCUUAGUGUCAAGACUAUCCUGACAGUCUGUUGAUAAUUUGAUUAAAGUGAGCAGAGGAGAUGGAAUAAGUAUUUGUGAUUUCUUUCAAUAACACUGAACUUCUGCCAAGCUGCUCUAUCCACUACUGUAUAGCUGACAGGCUUCAUCAAUCAUCAUCAGGUAGCUAGACUAAAACUCCAUUUGCCAACAUUGAGGUAUGCUGGAAUGUUGUUAACUCUCUUGUGAGUUGUAAGGGGAGGGGGGCAAUAGGUGACUUUAAAAUAGUUCUCUACUGGAGAAAGAAGAACUCUUAAUGAAAUCCCUAUUCAGGGGAAAACAUUUUUUCAUAUCUGUGGCCCCAUCUUGCUCGAUGGAAGAGUAAAUUAACGGAGUUCAAGGUUUAUUACAAAAAAGUCUUUAAGAGUUCUAGGUGCAUUAAUCCUCAAAGGAUAUAUCGAUGCUCUUGCUAGAAUAGCAUUUUGCCUUGGAUAUUGAAUUUGGUUUUUAUAACAGAAUAAAUUAAAGACGUAGCCCCAGAGCACCUCUUCCAAUUUAUAGCUCUGAAAAAAGGGUGGUGGAGAAAUGCCUAUCAGACCUGGCACUGACAUCUUUAUUUGUCAGAAGAUAAGAAUGUCAGUUCUCACUUGGCAUGGCAGAGUUAAGUCUUCUUGUCUUUCCACUUCAUGAGUCUUUAUAUAUUUCCCAUCUGUUACCUGUUUAGCAAUAGCUCACAGCUUCACCUGAAAAUUUCUUAUUGAAUCUUCAUCUUCAUCCCUCACCCACAUACUGUACUCUGUUCCAUAUUCCAUUUCAUAUUCUGACUUUCUUGCUAGCUAGGAGCAUUUUUUUUCUAUUUGUUAUUCCUGUUAACAUUUUUUACUCACCUUCUUCCCAAUCUUCAUUUUCUUCUCUUUUCCUUAUUACUCUCUCUCUUUAUUGUGGGGUUUCAUUUUCUUUUACUUACCUACCUGUUUGGUUUUGGAAAAUAGGGACCAAAAAAAGCAUUCGGUCAUCAUUAUUCUCUAAUAACUAUUUUGAUGUAUUUAUGGUUUUAUUUGUUCUUAAUUUCCUGUCCUUUCAUCCAUCUCUUAUUUACAGGGGUGAAAUGCUCCCGGUUCGGACCGGAUCAUCUGAUCCGGUAGCGAUGGCGGCAGGUGGUUCAGAGAACCGGUAGCAAAAAUCCCUGCUCCCCCUUGCCCCCUGCAUGCCCAGCUGAGCCACGUGAUCAUCAGAGGGGUUUUUACUUUUAAAAGCAUUUUUUCUUCAGCCGAAAAUAUGCUUUUAAAAGUUAAAAAAAGGCUCUGAUGAUCGCGCAACUCAGCUGGGAUAGUCAGAACCCUUUCAAAGCAUUUUUCUACAAGCUGUUCGGCCAAAGAGGCUGUAAAAAAACUGCUUUUAAAAGGCUCCUCUGGCGAUCCCAGCUGAGUUGCUUGAUCACCAGAGGGUUUUAAAAGCAUAUUUUUACAACCUUUUCGGCCGAAGAGCUUGUAGAAAAAAUGCUUCUAAAAGUUAAAAAAAAAAAGUUGGCCAUGCCCACCCAGUCACAUUAAUCCCCCCACCAAGCCAUGCCCACAGAACUGGUAGUUACAAAUUUUACAUUUCAUCCCUGCUUAUUUCCCAUUGUUCUUAACAGCCCUUCCUUGUUUGCUGAUAAUUAUGUUACCCAUCUAGUUGGCUGCUCCCUCUUGAAGGUACAGAUCUGCCAAUUUUUCAGACAGUAGGGAGAAACACCCCCCUCCCCUGCUUUUUAGGAAGAACUUCAAAAGCCAUACAUAUUGCCUAAUUAUUAAACAGCACCUGGAUUUGAAUAAUGGUUCACAUAGAGCAAACAAAACUUCAAAUACAUAUUUUAAAGAUUAGGAAUGAAUGAACCAGAAUAGAUCAGUUUCAUGUAAUUGCCUACUUCCAGUGAUCUAGUAUGGAUCUAGUUCCAUUUUUUACUAGUACUCUGUAGGAAAAAUUAUCAGAUUUUCUUUUUUUUUAAAUGCCAGUCUCCUCUUUAGUCCAAUCCCUCCAUUUCCAUUAUGUGAGCCUUUCUAAUCAUAUUAAGUAGGUUAAUGGCUCUAUAAUUAACAAGGUCUACAUUGAAAUGGAAUAGCCAUACUCCCAUCAGGAUUUAUAACAGAAAUCUUUUUAAUCUCUGUAAAAAACUCGUGGCCAUGUAAACGCUGAUGGGCAGAAGCUAUCCAAGCAUAGAAUUUGAGAUUGUGACAAAAUCCCUCCUCAAAGUAACAACUUCUACUUUUUUACAAAUAUCUCAAAAUAAUUCCUUGCUGCUGAGAUCAUUUCUAGUAGUUUUCCUCCUAGACUUUGGGAUCAUCCAUUUGACUUUUUCAUUGUUUCCUAAAAUCUUCAAAGAAUCACUUGGUUUUUUAAAAAAAGUUUUAUUGGAUUUUUAUUUUUAAAUAUACAUCAAUAUCAAUACAUGAACAGUGUGGCCUCUGGGGAAAAUUCAUUUUGAUAUAAGUAGCAAUAAUAAUAUUUGUUACAUUAAUCAAAUUUAUGUAAUCCUAGUAUUAAUAUACAUUUUUGUUUUAAAGUAAUCAUUCAAUAUUUCAAUAUUUCAUUUUAAUGGCAAUGGUAUUAUUUAAGCAUACAUAGUAAUACCAUCAUUCAGCCUCUAAUCUUUCCAUCUAGUUAUUGUUUAUAUUUUAUUAUAUAAAAAUAUUUUCUCUGUGGUUAUUCGCCACUUUAAAAAAUAGUUCUAAGAGUCUCUUUUCCUGGAUUUUCUUCUUUUUUUUUCUUUUAAAAUUUGGGUCUAAAUAAAAAAGAAUCUUCUCACCCAGUUCCAGUCACUGUUCACCUACACCGCUCCUGCACAUUUCUUGUUGUCUCGGCUGUUCCAGCUUCGUGACAGCCAUGAUGGCUGCCUUUUCUCAUUGUGGAUAAGAGAGAAGCCCUGGGUCAAGCAGGAGAGCUCCGGCUCUCCAUGACCUACAGGGCACCCCUCUUUACUUCACCACCCCUACGGAGAGGCUUUAGCUCCUUUUGGAGCCCUCCAACAGGGAGAACUCAGUGUGGGAGCGUGGAGACUCGCUCCUCACAUCUGAUCUCACCGUGACGUCAACCGGCUUUAAUCCAAAUCACUUUUUAAUAUAGUUGAAUACCAAUAAAUGUCCAACCCUUAGUCUUAAAAAUGUGUUUAACAAAUAUAUUUGUUCACUUUUUCCUCUCCCGUCACUCCUGAUUAUUGACUUAUUUGCUCAUUUAGUUACUAUAGCUGCCCAUUUUACAUAUUAAGUGACUCACAAUUUUUUUAAAAAAACAAUAAGCAAAUGCAAAUAAGCAUACAAAUUACACUAAAGCCAUUACUAAAAACUAUAUUAAGGGAGAAAAACAGAAUUGAAAAAUUAUAUGUCAGAAAUUUAUCCCUCUAAUUUGUAAAAAAUAAUAAUAUAAGAAAUAUUAACAAACCAUUCCCGUGAUAUUUAUGUGGGGAAGGGAGAACAACCAAAUUUAGUUAUUCAUAUAUCCUUUGAGCAUGUUUCAACCUUGUUUGAUUGACUUGGUGUUU